AUGGAGAUGGAGAUGGAGGUCGGGGGCUCGGGCUCAGGCUCGGGCUCGGGGCGGACGGCUAGAGGGACGACGACGAGGCCGACGGUGAUUGGAGGGGGCGGCAGCGGCUUGCGAGGUUGGCGGGGCGAGCUCGGCGGGGUCGUGGGGCUCGCGGGACGAUGGAAUGUCACGGCGACGGUGCAGCUGGAGGUGGCGGCUGCAGGCUGUGGGCGUCGGGGCUUGAGUUGUGGGGAACAGAGAGGCGGUGGGGUGGAGGUCGACGACGGCUACGCGGGGCUGGCGGGCGAGCGGCAACGGCCGCAACAGCAGGGUGACGACGAAGGCGGGUGGUGGUCAGCUGGAGGCUGGCAUCGGCUGGGGGGGCUGCCGAAUGAUGAAGAAGAAGAAGAAGAAGAAGACGAUGAACAAGGGGGAAGGGGGGUCUGUUUGCACAAAGAGGAGGAAGAGAAAAGGUGA